CCGAAAACUUACGUCAUAUAAACUUCCUAUCGUUAAUGAUCAUAAUAUAAUCACAACAUGACUUCUUUGUGUACAAAUUAUUUAUUUUACGUUUUUGUGAUGAUCCUUUCGACUUUCAGCCAAUCUUUAUUUGCUACAGAUUCAACAACGACGAUGCACUCUGACGCGGCAGUUACUUCUACCAACACGUCUCUGUCGCCUGAGUCUACAACUUCAAUCGAGUCUCACCAUAAACCCAGUUCUUCUGCUGACUUUGAUUCAAACGUAGCGCCGGUGACUGAAUAUCGCAUGGAUACAUUCCCCGUAAACAAUGUCGCCGUAGCAGCUGUUGUCAUGGUAGUCGGUGCUGGCACUGCAGUCGGCGUCCUGUCGUACAUAUUUUAUCGGAAUGAAGAUUCGAGGACGCGGAAGGGAAAUAACAAAGGGAUAUCAGAAUGCGCACACGGUCGACGUACCUGGAACACAGCGAAAGCUACAUGUGUGUAGAAUAGCUCUGUAUGGUCGGCUUCAGAAUUUACCUAUGGGAGGGUGGGGUGGGGGGGGGGGGGGGGGGGGGGGGUAGGGGGUGGAGGGUGCAUUGUCAGUGGAGAGUAUUGACAGAAUAAUAAACUAAGGACAUUCUCUAAAUCCCUUGCUGCUUAUAUAAAAUAGUAGCCUAGCCCAUUGUGUGGCGGGUUUCCUCUCUAAUGAUCUCUGUGGUCCUCAACAAUAUGUUCGACGCCAAUAACCGGAAUUAAAAAUGUGCCAUGUGCGUCGUUGAAUAAAACAUUUUCUUUAUUUAUUUA